CAACACUGACUACCACAACCACAACAUGCAUAGAUUGAUUAAAUUAUUCAAUGGGUGAUUGUAAAACGUGAAAGAGACGAUCUAUAAUAAACAAUAAAUAUUUUGCAUUAGUCUUUCUUUGAGUCCUUUUCUUUUCGCUUCUUGCCUGAUUUUGGCUUUGACGUCUUCGUGGUGGUGGUGGUUGCCGAAGGUUCUGUCAUUUUUUGAUGUACGGCACUUCCAAUCAACUGUGCAAUGCCCAAAAUCAACAGCAUGGGGAAGAACACACACAGCUUGUCAAAAUAGAAACUACCUGUCUCGGGGCCAAAGUUCUCCACCAAAGCAUCGUGAAGCUGGACCACGGGCUCCGGCAACUUGCCACCGAAUGGUGCCGCAAAGACAGGGAGAGCCAAUCUCCGAGCAGUCGCCACUGGAAUGGGAUAUACAUAUUUGCGAGCCACAUAGACGGCUCCGGCGCUUUCUGAUGGAAGCAACGCAUGCAACGUAUUCUGGUCCAACUGUUGUCGUUCGUUGGUAUUGUGAUGGACUACAGCCACACCCUUGCGAGCCAGGACCUUGACGGGGUCUUUGCUCAAGGGAUACACGAGAGGUCCACCUUCGUCACUCAAAAAGACAGUGAUGGAUGCAGUCGGGGGGACCAACCCUUCUUUGGCGUCGUAAUGGGGUUUCCAGCGACCACCCGGCUCAAUUCGGUCCACGAUAAAGUCACUGUAAUGAGUGGCCGGAAAUCCUGUGACUUGUUCGAUUCGCUCCUCGAUGGCCUUUUUGGUAGGCGAUUGAAGGAGGCCUUGCCAUAGCAUGAUCCUGUGAACCCCCUCUACAUCGUUCGAAGUCAAUGUCAUUUGGAGAAUAUCAUCCUUAGUGACGGGCGAUACCUUUGAUUCUGCCGCUUCAAUGAGAUUGUCACAUUCUUGUUUUGUCAGUAGAUUGUGAAUAAGAUAGAGUGUCGGGUCAGCAGGUUCGACAUCUUCGAAAAAGGGUCUAUCCCCUCCCGCGUAGAGACGGACACGUUCUGGCAUUCCGUGAUUGACAAUAUCCUCUGCAGCCAUGUUGGGUGUAACGGUAGCCGAUGUGAGGACGUUGGCAGAGUUCAUGGAUAUCAUGACCACAGGGAUAUCAAUAUCUUCAGCCCCUUCUUCGCCUUCUUGUACUUGUAAACGGUAGAUAUCAUCUGGGCGUUUAUCAUCGAUAUUGACAAUGAGUAAUGCUGCAGCACCACUUGCUUUGGCAAUCUUGGCCAUGCGAAGACCACUGAUUUUGCCCGUGUUUGUCAUGACUACCAUGUUCCCAUGAACUUCUUCGGCAUUAUCCAAAGGUAGAAUCUUUUCUUUUUUUGGUGGUUUUUCCUCGGGUGCAGUUUCUCCUUCUUCUCCUUCUUCGCCCUCUGCAGCCGGUUCCUCUUCCUCUUCUUCUUCUAGAGUUUCGCCUUCUCGAACCCCCGUCAAGGGUGAUGCCAAGAUGGGCAUGCAUUCAACUUCCAGCAAUGCUGCUUGAGAAGUUUGCGGUCCAAAAAAGGCCACAGAGGCAUCCAAUGCCGAGAUAAUGGCAGAGUGUCCCCAUUCCAGAACGGCAGCUUCAUCUUCUGUACGACGAGGAUACUCUACAUAUUCCAAACUGUCCAGGUUCAUCUUUCGACGUUCCGAUCGUCUCGUUCGGGCACCUUGCACUAUUGGUACAAGCUCCACGCUCGCCAGGAGCAACGUCACAAAUGCGCUCAGCUUGAUCAUGGCUCUGUUUGCUGUGUAUGGGAAGACGAAACAAGGGGUGACCUAGCUAGAGAGAUGUCCUGUUCCAACAAGAUGACACAAGUUGUUGUUUGGCUUCUGCUUCUAGCUAGCUCUAGCUAGUAUGAGUGGACAGAUUUGGCUUUGGUGUUGGUGGGUGUGAGGGCACCCGGAUGUUAUGGGCGUUUGGGUUCGCUUUCACGUGGAAGGUUUGCAUAACUCUAACAAUCUCAAGUAGAGUUAAUAAUCUGUAUUAAGACUAAGGCUCUCUUUCAGACCCAGCAGCGACUGACUCAGUGAUGCCAGUCCCAAAGAAUCCAAUUCUGUGAAAGAUCCAAUGUCGCUAACCGACGCACGUCCAUGGCAGUGUUGGCCCUGACAUACUAGUAGCGUUGAUUGCCACGGUUCGCUGUGUCACAGCUUAUUCCGUUGAUACCGUUUGCACUGAGCUAGCAUCGAGGAUUGGAGAAAGCACAAGAUUGUUUCCGCUGAGUGAGUGAGUAACUGAGUGAGCAGCUACCGGUAGAUUGAUUGAUCAUUCGAAGCAUUCCCAAAAAUCUAUCCUGGAUAAGACUGAGUUGAUCGCUCGGCCACAUCCAGAGACCGAGUCAUUCGAAACCUAUCUUUAGCAGUGCAGCAAACAUAGCCCAACGGGAGACACAAUUUCGCUCGCUGCGCAUAGAAACAACCAUCUCCUACUCGACACCAUACCCCCAACAUCAAAAUGAAACUAGCAUCCACUGUCAUCGCAGGUCUCCUCUUGGCGGAGAAGGCAACUGCCUUUGCUCCCCACUCCAUGGUCCAGUCCAAGGCUCGUAGCAAUACUCGCAACUCGCAACGGUUCAUGGCCAUGGACAUGGAAGCUCCUGCUCCACCUGCCGAAACAACCUCCAGUGUGCCCGCCAUUACUCAAAAUGCAUACGGACAGCCCACUGAAGUCCGUUAUUCGGACUUUUUGAAGCUCGUCGACGGCGACAAAAUUGAAAAGGUUACCUUCAGCGCCGACGGCACACAGCUCCUUGGAGUUGAUGUCGAUGGAGCCCGCAUUCGAAUUGAAGCCCUCCCCAAUGACCCUGAGCUUCUCACUUCGUUGACCAACCACAAGGUCGAUGUAACUGUGCUGCCUCAGCAAGAAGCUAGUGGACUUGGAGAAUUGGCCCAGAGUCUGAUCUUCCCUGCUGCUCUCUUUGCCGGUCUCUUCUUCUUGAGCCGACGAGGUGGAGCUGGUGGAGGCAUGGGAGGACCAGGAAAUCCCAUGGGAUUCGGAAAGAGCAAGGCUGAAAUUCAAAUGGUUCCUGACACUGGAGUUACCUUUGACGAUGUUGCCGGAUGCGACGGUGCUAAAUUGGAACUCUCCGAAGUUGUCGACUUUUUGAAACAACCCGAGGCAUACACCAAGAAUGGCUGCAAGAUUCCUCGUGGUGUCAUCUUGGAUGGUCCUCCAGGUACCGGAAAGACGCUUCUCGCCAAGGCUGUUGCCGGUGAAGCAGGUGUGCCAUUCAUCAGUAUCUCUGGUUCCGAAUUCGUUGAGAUGUUUGUUGGUGUGGGAGCUUCUCGUGUCCGUGACAUUUUCUCUCAAGCCAGGAAGAAUGCUCCUUGCAUUAUCUUUAUUGAUGAGAUUGAUGCUGUUGGUCGUCAACGUGGUGCCGGAUACGCUGGAGGUAACGAUGAACGUGAACAAACUGUGAAUCAAAUUCUGGUGGAGAUGGAUGGUUUCGAUGGAAACCCAGGAAUCAUCACCAUUGCCGCCACAAAUCGUGUCGAUAUCUUGGAUCAGGCCUUGCUCCGUCCUGGACGUUUCGAUCGUAAGGUCACUGUUGACCUUCCUGACUUCAAGGGACGCACUCGCAUCUUGGGAGUCCAUUCUCGUGGAAAGCCCCUCGAACCCGAUGUGGAUCUUGAAGCCAUCUCCCGUCGUACACCUGGAUUCUCUGGAGCACAACUGGAGAACUUGAUGAACGAAGCCGCUAUUGCUGCUGCUCGUGCCGAAAAGUCAACAAUUGGAUGGGAGCAAAUUGAUGGAGCUGUUGACCGUAUCAUGGUUGGCUUGGAAAAGAAGGGAGGAAACCCCCAGUUGAAGCAAAAGGAGUUGGUUGCCUACCACGAAGCCGGACACGCCAUCGUUGGAGCUCUUGUCCCUGAUUAUGAUCAAGUGCAGAAGAUUACCAUCAUCCCUCGUUCCAACGGUGCUGGAGGUCUGACCUUCUUUGCUCCUCAGGAAUCUCGAUUGGAAUCUGGCAUGUACAGCAAGCAAUACCUUGAAUCCCAGCUUGCCGUCGCUCUUGGUGGACGUCUUGCUGAAGAGAUCAUCUACGGGGAGGACUUUGUCACAACUGGAGCUUCUAACGAUAUCCAACAGGUUGCCAACAUUGCCAAGCGCAUGGUGAAGGAGUGGGGAAUGAGUGACAAGGUUGGACGCGUUGCUGUGUCAGAACCUUCUGGUGGAGGUCCCUUCAUGGGACAAAUGAUGCUUCGUCGACCAACCCAAUGGGGCAACAAGCUCAUGGGAACCAUUGAGGAAGAAGUCGAACGUCUUGUCAACAACAGUUACCUCGUUGCCAAGAAGAUCUUGAGUGAGAACAAGGACCUUCUUGACCACCUUGCGAACGUCUUGAUGGAGCAAGAGGUUGUGUCUGCUGAGGAAUUCCAAAUGAUGCUUGUGCAAUUCAAGGCACAGACAAUUGACUACAAGAUCCUUGGACAGGACAAGAACAGGGAGAGCCUUCCAUUCCAAAACAUGCCAAGCAGUGUGUAAGUCUUGAGAUUGCGAAGCCAUAGAGAAAUAAUGUCUCCCUAGUAGGAUCCUUCUUUGUAUAUACUUUUUGCUCUUGUCUGCUUGUCGCUAUAUUAGUAGUAGGAACCUUGCCAAGUAUCCGAACUACUAGUAUCGAUUCCAAUCUGCAUUGCUAGCUAAAGGCCCACCUGUACUCAGGACGAGGACCUAUUACUUCAAGGAGAUGGACGCACUGAAGCGAAAUCGUUUCAUUUAUGAUUGUCGCUGUCAACGGAAGCUUGUGUCAGCUCAACUCGUGUCCUUUUGCGAGCUUGUGUAUGCCAUACUGCCGGCCAGGACAAGCAAAGCAAAGCUGUGGCUGGUCCACCUUGAGAUAGCCAGAGAAAAAAGCUAACAUGACACCUUCACGGUCUCCGCCGGAAGAAGUAAGUACCUUUCUAUUUACAUGUGAACCUUAAGCUAGUUAUGUGCAC